GAGAGAGAGAGAGGGAAAAAGAGUGGGGCCUGGGUAGGCCCGCGCCUCUUUCCCCCUCACCCCGGAUCGAUACCGGGCCAGGUUUAGCUUUUGAUUGAUCCGUGAGAAGGUUGUUCUGGCAACGUCUUGGAAACCCAUAACAUUUUACUCCGUCUUCUAAAUCAUACAGUGGGUUUAAAGAAGAGUCUGUCCAAAUGAGCAAGACAUCACAGCAGAACACAACUGCAGAAACCAAUGGAGUAAGUGUCAUCUUCACCCAAGCACACACCAGUGGGUUGCAACAGGUCCCUCAGCUGGUGCCUGUUAGUCCUGGAGGGGGAGGGAAAGCGACGCCUCCCAGCAAGCAGGGCAAGAAGAAUUCUGCCCUUGACAGGAACAGCGAUGAAUACCGCCAGCGCAGGGAACGAAACAACAUGGCGGUGAAAAAGAGCCGCUUGAAGAGCAAGCAGAAGGCACAGGACACACUCCAGAGGGUCAACCAGCUUAAAGAAGAAAAUGAACGUUUGGAGGCCAAAAUCAAACUCCUGACAAAGGAGCUGAGUGUGCUCAAAGACUUGUUUCUUGAACAUGCCCACAACUUCACAGACAGUGUGCAGCCUGUUGGUACAGAGAGCACCCCAACAAACCCAGAUGGCACCGGACAGUAGAUUCUCUUGCCCAGUUCCUAGGCAGGGUAGAGCUGGCACUGCCCUCCUUACACAUCAGAUGCAGCAACAAAGAAGGACCUUUUCUUCUAAUCUUUGUAACAACUGUCAUUUUGUGGGUGUCUUUUCUAAAAUAGUAGGCUUAACACUGAAGAGGGAUGAGUCUAGUAAACUGCAACCUGUUUAUUAUCGUUAAGUAUUUGUUUGGAGCGAAAUGAUUAAUGUGCUAUUUGCUCUGGUGUUUUUGACUAAGGAAAAAGUGACAAAAUUGGCAAGCAUCCAUCCGCAAUAUUGCCUUCACCAUGGCUGAAACUUUUAGUCGAUUCAUAAUUUAGGCUAUUAAUUUAAAAACCUAAUUAAAACGGCAGCAUGUUUUUUUAAAAAAAUACAUAAAUUAUUUUUUAAUCUGAGGACUUGCAGAAAUCAUGGAAAGCCGGUGCUCUCUUAGGAAAGUCAUUCCUCUGUCUUGUAGGGCCUCUUCUAAGGUGGUGCCUGCUUGUAAUGCAUGCUUUUUCUUAAGCCGCUUUUUGUGCAGAUUUAUGCAAAUCAAAUUGGUCAGCUCAAAUUUCUUAAUUUGGGGGACAGCUUAAACUAGUUGAUUGAUUUGACUUCAAUAGAGUGUCAAAACAAAUAUGCACAGCAUAGAAAACGGACUUCAUUUUAAAUUAAGUGAUGAAUGAGACGCUGGUUAAGAUACCAUUUAAAAUUUCUUCAGCUGAUUUAUUUUGGGGAGCGGGGUGGGUAGUAGCCUCCUUUCAUGUUUGAAGCCCAAAUCUUGCUGACUACAGCUUUUGUAGUUUAUGCAUAGUGAGGAGAGAGGCUUACUAUUCUUUGGGCCUGCUGAGAGAUUGUUUCUCACCUGUAGGGGGAUUGGCAGCUGUUCUUAAGAAAUAAAAGUUGGAAGGAUGAGAAGAAGGGUGAGGACUGUAGAGAGAUCCAGUGUGUUUUUGAAGGUGGGAAUUGUGUCCAUGAGCCUUGUGGGAUAACUAGCAACCUGCAGGAGAGCUGAAUAUAUUUCAAGGACAAUCCAGAAGCUUUGCCUGCUACAGUGGCAUUACAUUGAAAAGAAGGCUGUGAUAUUGACUGCACAUGACUCUGUUUCUACCAAUGGCACUGUUUCUACCAAGCAGCCUAGGGCAGAGGUGUCAAACUCAUUUGUUACAAGAGCCAGAUCUGACAUAAGUGUCACUUUGUUGGG